GAACUUCGGGAAUCGCAGUCCGGAGCGCACAGGUCGCCGGGAGCUGUAGUCCGUCCCGCCUGCCCAGUCAGCGUGGUACCACCCGACGGCUGCCCAGGGAAUGCGAAAACGGUCGGUCCCAGGGAGCAGAGAGACUGACGGGGUGAUGGGAGAGAGCGCUGGUUAUUGACGAGGGGAAGUCUUCCGUUGCCAGGCGACCAGAAGAGACCCUGUUACCCAGAGACGAGAAAGGAGGAGUCCUCCAUCACUAGCAGGAGCCGAGGAGGGUAUGUCUCAGGCCCCGGAAGCGCGGCCGAGCCCACCCUCAGUGUACCACGAACGGCAGCGACUAGAGCUGUGUGCCGUCCACGCUCUCAACAACGUCCUCCAACAGCGGCUCUUUAGCCAGGAGGCUGCAGACGAGAUCUGCAAGAGGCUAGCCCCAGACUCCCGGCUGAACCCCCAUCGCAGCCUCCUGGGCACCGGCAACUAUGAUGUCAACGUGAUCAUGGCUGCCCUGCAGGGCCUGGGCCUGGCCGCUGUGUGGUGGGACAGGAGGAGACCACUGUGCCAGCUGGCCCUCCCCAAGGUGCUAGGCCUGAUCCUGAACUUGCCCUCUCCUGUGUCGCUGGGGCUGCUGUCCCUGCCUCUGCGCCGCCGGCACUGGGUGGCCCUGCGUCAGGUGAAUGGCGUCUACUAUAACCUGGACUCCAAGCUUCGGGCACCUGAAGCCCUGGGGGAUGAGGACGGUGUCAGGGCCUUCCUGGCAGCUGCCCUGGCCCAGGGCCUGUGCGAGGUGCUACUGGUGGUGACCAAGGAGGUGGAGGAGGCCGGCUGCUGGCUGAACACGAGCUGACCCAGUGCCUGUGACCAGCUGCCUGCUACCACGGUCCUGAGUGUCCAGUGCCUAGGAGGGGCCUGCGCCCUGACCCAAAGUCCCCCCCCCCAUCGCUGCUGCCUCAAUAAAUCUGCUUUUUUGUUAUCUAUGCUUGA